CAGGUUGAAUUUCUUCAGCUGCCUCAGGAAGAACAACCUCUGCUGAGCCUUCUUGGUGAUGGAGCUGAUGUUCAGCUCCUACUUGAGGUCCUGGGUGAUGAUGGAACCCAGAAAACGGUGGUACUGCGUUCUUCCUGAAAUCCACAACGCGUAUACUACCAGUUUAAGUACUUGUCGUACUACCUGUUCAUGUGCUCUUCAUACUAACUGUUCAGGUACUCUUUAUACAACCGCUCUGGUACUACCUGCUCAGGUACUCUGUUCUCAACCUGUUCAGGUAUUUUGUUCUCUUACAGGUACUCAUCUGAUCCAAGGAGACUGUCUAAUUCGGCACACCUGGAUGGGAGAGUAUGGUAACAUCUGGGCAUUAAUAACAACAGAGAAACAUCUGGCCUGGAGUUUGAGGAGUAAUCUGCUCAGGAGUAAGAAGGCGAGGAGGUGGCAGGUGGGGGGGUACAUGGGAGGAGCCGUAUGUAGACAGGAGGGGAAGGAGGAGAAGAGGAGGAGCCAAGUGAGGGACGAAAGCCUGACGUCAACAGACAGAAUCCGUUGUUUCACCUUCAGACAGUUUGGGUUCAACGUCUUGAGUUUGGCUCGCAGAGGAAUAAAGGACCUUCCAGAGGAGCUAUGGGAGCUGUCGGAGUUGGAGAAGCUGAAUCUGUCUCUGAACAGACUGAAGGUUCUCCCUCCUCAGCUGGCUCUGCUCUCUAACCUGGUGGUUCUCAACCUGUGGGGUAACCAGCUUAGCCGCCUGCCGGCAGAGAUCGGUCAGCUGAAGAGACUCAGGGUUUUGUUUGCCUACAGAAACCGACUGAGUGACGUUCCUGAGGAGCUGGGGGCCUGUACACAGCUGGAGGUUCUUAGCUUGAACAACAACCAGCUGUCUUCUCUUCCUGAGUCGCUCUCCAAGCUGACCCGCCUCAGGAAGCUCAACCUCAGCCAGAACCACAUGGCCCUCCUCCCGGGAUGCAUAUACAACAUGAAGGCUCUGGUAUUCCUCCAUCUGGCUUGUAACUGUCUGGAGAACCUGGCGGAGAACAUCCAGAAUCUGGCGGAGCUCAAGAUCCUCAUUGUGGAGGGAAACAGCCUUCACUCUCUCCCAAAGGCCCUGUGCUGUCUCACCAGGUUGGAGCUGCUGAAUCUGGACUUUAACGACAUUAAAGACGUCCCACAGGAGUUGCACCAGUUGUCCCACCUGGAGAAGCUGGCCUGCCAUCCUCUGGACAAAGGACUCCACAUCGUCCAUAACCCACUCAUAAAACCUGUGAAGGAGGUGCUGGAGGGGGGGGGGCUCAGCGCCCUGUUCAAUUACCUAAGGGCGGGUUAGAGCGGCGCAUGGGUAGAGAAGAUGUGUUGAAGUGUCCCUGAACAAGACACCUAACCCUAAUUGCUCCCCAGGCAAAGAUGUAACAAAAAGCAAUGCAUUAAAAAUGCAAUGUAAGUUGUUUUGGAUAAAAGUGUCAGCUAAAUGACCUAUAAAUGUAAUGUUAAAUGAUUUAGAUGUUUGUAUAUAACAGAUAUUUGGUUUUGUAUAAUAAACAGUGACAUCAUUCUGGA